AGUAAGAGCUGGGUUAAAGGACGAGAUUUAUACAGAAACUAUAUAAUAAUAAUAAUACAUUCAUGAAAACACCUGUGUCACGUUUUUUUAAAACUUCAUAUCUAUAUUUUUAGUAAAUCUACGCAAUGGAAAGUCAUGCUAACGAUCUGUAACGAUGGGAAGUUACAGACAAGAACACGGUUAACUACUUAAUGCUAAAUUUGAAAGGCCAAGUUACAUCCUACUCCUCUUAAGCCCCGCCCCACCAGGAAGUACAAAUUUAAACUCCGCAGACAACAGAAGACAAGCAAAACUGAGGGCUUUUCUUAGCUUUAACUUUAAAGGCACUUUUUGAAGAAGAGGGAUCAAAAAUGGAAGAAACAGAGAAAACAAAGCUUGAGGAGAUGCUGACGUGCCCAGUGUGCCAGGACAUCUUUAAGGAUCCUCGGCAGCUGCCCUGUGGACACAGCAUGUGUAAGGGCUGUCUUGAUAACGUGAUAGAUCACUCCUCAGACACUCUCUUAUCUUGCCCAGUCUGUAGGGAAGAUUUUGGACAGAUCAUUAGGUUCCAGAAGAGCUACGCACUGGCCAACAUCGCAGAGGACUUCAGGGUGAUCAAGAUGAGGAGGGACGAGCAGACAAAAAGUGUGUACUGUGACUUUUGCCCGGAGAAAAAAACUCUGGCCUUUAAAACGUGUCUGAAGUGUGAGGUGUUGCUGUGCAAAGAGCACGCCAAGGACCACCUGGAGCUUCCGGUAUUCACGGGACACCCCUUGGUCAGGCCCCUGUGCGAUCUCAUGGAGAGGAAAUGCCCGCAGCACGACGACGAGGUGCUGAGGUACUACUGCAACACGUCCAGACGCUAUAUCUGCAACGUGUGCGCCCUGGAGACCAAGCGGGGCAACCUGGCCACUGAGGCCUCCACUGUCCUGAGAAGACAUCUGACUGAGUACAUGGACCAGCACUUCAAAAUGCUCACGGAGCAAAUUACAGAUACCAAUGAGUCUGUAAAAAAACUGCAAGAAGACCUUCAGCUUGAAAAACACAAAGUGAACCCUUUUCUCAACAGUGUCACAAUGGUGCUGCUCUGUCUGUGGUUCAUAGUUCUGUAUUAUGCCUACAACUACUCUGUGGAAAACCAGACGCUAACAGAAGCGCUGGACAAGCAGCAGAACGGCGUGCAUCACAUUUAUUCCUCCAUUGCAGAACUCUUGGUUGAUCAUCCAAUGAAGAGCCACACACCUCCAGAGACAGAAGAACAAGGAAUUCUCAUGUUGGAUCUGGGCACAGUGAGUCCUUUCCUUCGACUCUCUGCUGACUUCCAAACAGUAGAGAGAGUGAAAACCAAGCUGGACUAUCCCAACAGUAACAGCCGCUUCAAUAAAGCCCCGCAGGUCCUCUCCACCCAGUGCUUCUCCACUGGUACCCACAUCUGGGUGGUGGAGGCUGAGGGAUACUGGGACAUCGCCGUGUCCUACAAGACCAUCCAACGUAGGAGCAAGUUCAGCAGCGCCUUCGGAAACAACGCAGAGUCCUGGAGCCUUACCCACAAUGGCAAAGGCAAGCUGUCUGCCUACCAUAAUAAAAGAAAAACUGCUCUCUCUGGGACCUUGCAGAGCGGCCGAAUAGCAGUGAUGGUUGAUUUUAAGAAAGCCCACAUUACAUUCUGCGCUGUGGAGUCGACAAUCACACAUCUGCAUGCAUUCAAAGCUGAACUGACUCAGCCAGUGUGCCUUGGUUUGGGGCUUUACCGUGUGGAUCCACCCAGUAGGGCCUCUAUUGUCAAAGUUUUGUGAAUAAUCCUUCAAAAUGUUCAGCCAACACUGGAUACAGACUGCCUUAAAUCAUCUGUAAUCGAGGAGAACUAAGGUUGACUUGCACUAAAAGUGGAGAUGGGUCAGAGCAAAGACCUGACUAAGCCAAAAAUGAAUAGAACAUUUGGCCUAAUAAUAGAUUUUAAUACUGUAUAGCAAGGUGUUUUAAGGUAAAUACAGUAUGUGUGGUUGAUUUUCUCUCAUUGUGGAUCUUUAUUUCAGUAUAAUGUAAAUGUAACUGCAAUAUACACUGUUUAUAAGGAUGGGAGGGCUUUUUUUUCAACAGAAUGACAUCAUGCUAUGAAAGACUAAAAAGGUUUUAUUACAUAUUUCUCAAUAUUGAGGGCCUUCCAACAUAUGAUAGUCUUACCACACCAACAAUUAAAAAAUUACCUCAAUAUUUCAAAAACAGGAAAAACUAUAUCCAUAUAAUCUAAUUCAAAACAUCAAACAUACAAAUGUACAUUACAUAAAUAUAACUGUUCCUGUUUUUUUGAAGCAGGCACUUUAGUCUACAUUUUGAUUCUAUGUGGAGUUAAUAGAAUUUGAGCUAAAAAUAAGUGAGAAAGGAACUGAAAACAGUCUGAAGAUGUAACUUUCGCUGCUUUAAGAUGCCAAGCAAAAAGAGGAAAAUUGAUUUUGCUCAUUUAUUAAGAAAGCAUCAAAGUCUAGGAUUUUUUAACAACUGGCAAUGAUCUGAACAGAAUGUUUACAUAAAAAAUGAAGGCAAUAAUAAACCGACAUGGCCAAUGUAGUGCCGCAGUACAAAAACAAGGUAGAGACUGAUACAAACUAAGUUUCUACUCAAACGAAGGCAUAUUUCAGCUUAGUGAUGAAAUAAAUGGAAAUGUUUCUUUUUCAAAUCAGACGGUGAGCAGUGUACAGUCAUAUCUCAAAAUGCUGUGAAAAGGUUGAAAUGUUGAUCAUUUCCUUGUUUUUUGAAAAACAGAUUUUCCCCCCAGUUAACAAGUAUGAACUGACCUGUGUGUGCUUUAGUAAAAAUACCAUUGUAAUUAACUUAAA